GUCUCGCGGGCCGACUCCUGGUUGGGGGUGGAGAGGAGUCUGGCAUACAUCUCGACUUCCGCUUGUUCUCAAGCCCAGUAUAUGCCGGGACAAUCAGAUCAUGCCAUGUAAUAUUCGUCACUACAUCGUCAUCCCUAUCACAUGACAAUUACGUAAGGAAAUGGCGUACCACCUUGAUGAAGAAGCUUUGGAACUUCUUAUACGUGAUUCUGCCUCAUCUUGUGGAUAUCCAUUGUUAAAAGAUCAACAGAAGCAGGUUGUUCUUUCCUUUUGUCAAGGGAAGGACAUUUUUGCCUGCCUUCCUACAGGGUUUGGGAAGAGUGCCUGUUUUGUCAUUCUUCCCAAAUUGUUUGAUUUACUGAGGAAGGAAAGUCCUGGUCACAGCAUUGUAAUAGUAAUCUCUCCAUUAAACAGUUUGAUGAAAGAUCAAGUGAGAAGUUGUCGGGAACGAGGUGUAGCAGCAGCAGCAGUGACACAUGAUGACAAAUCGAGUGAGGAGGAGGCAAUAAAGGGAGGGUUUCAGAUAGUCUACAUCAGUCCAGAGAUGAUAUUGGGUACGAAGAAAUGGCGUUCUGUUCUGGACAGCAAUCUUUAUCAGUCAAGGCUAGUUGGAUUAGUAAUUGAUGAAGCGCACUGUGUAAAAACUUGGGGUGAUGAUUUUCGUCAAAUGUUUAAAGAGUUGGGCCAUUUAAGGGCAUUGAUCCCCACUGGUACCAACAUGAUGGCACUAACAGCGACUGCCACAACAAGAUCUAGACUAGAAAUAUGUCUUCGACUAGGCAUGGAAAAUCCUCAUGUUGUUCAAUUAUCGCCCGACAAACCUAACAUAUUCCUGUCAUGUAAUGAAUUUGACUCAAUCCCAGCAUCAUUUGGAUUGUUAGCCAAACGAUUGAAAGAAGAGAGGACGAAGAUGGGAAGAGUUAUUAUAUUUUGUAAAAAAAUAGCUCUGUGUAGUCAGAUCUAUUCGUAUUUCUUAUAUAUAUUACGUGAAGGUUUUACAGAACCAAGAGGAGUUUCAGUUGCUAGUAUUGAGUCUCGUCUUGUGGACAUGUUUACAUCUGGGACGCAUCCAGAAGUGAAGGAGGUGAUUUUGAAGUCUUUUCAGUCUCAAACAGCUCCCCUUCGUAUUGUCAUAGCUACCAUUGCUUUUGGUAUGGGGAUCGAUUGUCCUGAUGUGCGAGAAAUCAUACAUGUUGGACCACCAAGUGAUGUAGAAGAUUAUGUACAACAAAUAGGGCGUGCUGGUCGUGACAAUCUUCCUUCUUUUGCCACUGUUCUGUAUGGGAGAAACUUAAUGCGAAACACAAGCAAGACUAUGCUAGAGUACUGCAGGCGUAAUGAUCUAUGUAGAAGAAAUUUCUUGUUUUCGGAAUUUGAUUCAUAUUCACCAAGUUAUAACAGAGGGUGUCACUGUUGUGAUGUAUGUUCAAUUAUAUGUUCUUGCUUCAAUUGUUCUUUUAAUUAAUUAUUAUUAUUAUUGUUAUUAUAACUAUUAUUAUUAUCAUUGCUCCUGAUCUAACUGUAACUUUGACCAAACCUGUUCUAUAAUUCUAUUUAUUCUUAGCUAAUACUAUUACUAUUCUAUAAUUCUAUUUUCCUAUAUUUAUCGUUAUUAAACU